AUGGAGGUCAACUGUUUAACACUACAAGAUCUGAUCUGCCCCAGGCAGCCCAGGCUAGAAUUUGUGAUUGAAGAUGGAGAAAAUGCACAAAAGGAAAACAUAUUUGUUGAUCGAUCCAGGAUGGCCCCAAAAACGCCAAUGAAAAACGAACCGAUUGAUUUAUCGAAGCAAAAGCCCUACACCCCCGAAAGAAGUCCAAUUACCCCAGUGAAGCUCGCCGACAGGCCUCAGGCAGAGCCCUGGACCCCGACGGCUAACCUGAAGAUGCUCAUCAGUGCGGCCAGUCCUGACAUGAGGGACCGGGAGAAGAAGAAGGAGCUCUUCAGACCCAUCGAAAACAAGGACGACGCUUUCUCAGACCCGCUACAGUUUGACGCCGUCGGAUGUGGCACUGUGGAUGAAUUUGAAAAGCAGCGGCCAAGCAGAAAGCAGAAGAGUUUAGGGCUCCUGUGCCAAAAGUUUCUGGCUCGCUAUCCAAGUUACCCCUUGUGCACCGAGAAAACAACAAUAUCCCUGGAUGAGGUGGCCGCCAGUCUGGGUGUCGAACGAAGACGCAUCUAUGACAUCGUGAAUGUUUUGGAGUCCCUGCACAUGGUUAGCCGAGUGGCCAAAAAUCAAUAUGGCUGGCAUGGACGGCACGGCCUCCAGAAAACCUUGAAGAACCUCCAGAGACUAGGAGAGGAACAGAAAUACGAAGAACAGAUGGCCUAUUUUCACCAAAAGGAACUCAACCUGGUGGAGUAUAAAUUUGGAGACCGUAAAAGGGAAGGUUUCCUAGAUUCCCAAGACCAACCACUAUUGGAUUUCUCUGAGCCUGACUGUACCUCUGCAUCUGCCAACAGCAGGAAGGACAAAUCGUUGCGGAUUAUGAGCCAGAAGUUUGUCAUGCUCUUCCUUGUCUCUAAAACGAAGAUAGUCACCCUAGACGUAGCGGCCAAGAUCCUGAUCGAGGAGAGCCAGGAUGCAGCCGAUCAUAGCAAGUUCAAAACAAAGGUACGGAGGCUGUAUGACAUUGCCAACGUUCUGACCAGCCUGGUGCUAAUUAAGAAAGUCCACGUGACGGAAGAGCGAGGUCGGAAGCCGGCCUUCAAAUGGAUCGGUCCCGUGGAUUUCAGCACAGAAAUUGGGGAACAGCUCGACGUUUCAGCAGCGGCUCUCCCGGAGAUGAAGGCGCAGCCGUGCUCCCCUGGCCAGCCGUGCGGGAAGCAGAGACUGUCCCGCCACGGCUCCUUGAGCACGAUCCCCCCCUCGGAAGGGAACAAGAGGAAGGCGAACUCGGAGCCCAGCAGCCCUCAGCGAGGACAGCGAGGGUCAGAUGAAUAUUGCUCAAAAAUAGUCAACCUGGCAGCUGCCUGCAGGCAGAAGAUAAAUAAAGAUUCACAGAGUAAGGGCUGCAUCAGUAAAAAGGCGGCCCACUCAUCAGGCAAGCUCGACCCCGUUCCUCCUUUCCCAGCUCAUCCUGUGGACUCAGAGUAUUGCUUUCAUCCAUUAUCCCACCAAGUGUUUUCGGUAGCUUCGGCAGACCCGUCCCCAGGCGGCCUGCAGAACGGCCACGAUGGCCACGUCGCUGUCCUCCCCGCUCCCGCGUCCCCCGAGCCCGAGAGCCUGAAGCCUGCCGUGUUUCACAGCCAGCCUCUGGUCUACGUUCCCUCGGCUUCUCUCUUCAUGCUGUACGGCAGCCUCCAGGAAGGUCCCCCCAACCCGGAAAGGGGCCGCGAGACCCCCGAGGGGGUGGCGACCGCCUCCUCCCCCCCAGAACUGUCCGCUGUGCCCCUGGUGAGCGCUCCCAAGCGCAGGCCUUCGCACACUCAGGAGCCGGCUGCCAAGAGGCAGAGCCCAGAGGCCGAGGAGAGCCCGCUGUCCCUGGUGCUGCCCAAGAGAGUCGCCGAGCCCAGGAGCGCCGUCAGCGCCGAGGCAAUGCCCGGAGAAGCUCUUGAGGGGGGCUCUGAAGCGCCCCUCGCCGAGGAGGCGGCCAGGAAGACGGGGCUCCGGGGCCUGCUCACCCCGGAAAGGGGCCUUCCUGGGAGAAGCGCAAACGCCGAAAGAGAAAGCGCCUCGGAAGAAGGCGCCCAAGACUCGCCUCAGUCCCAGUAUCUCUACGUGCAGCCCGCGCCUGGAUUAAAUGGUUUUAAUUUCCUGCUGCCUGCCCACCAGGCUGCCAAUGCUGUUGGACCAUCUCCAAGUCAGUUGACUUCUGUCCAUGUUCCGUGCAUGGUGGUGCCAUCUACAGCACUCGCCACGAUGCCUUUUAUCUAUUCUCCGGCAAUCAACAGUCCAGUGCCUUCUUCUGGCCCAAUGAAUUUUGGCUUGCCAGGCCUCAGGUCAUCAACUCAGCUUCUCGUUGGCACCAACAUGGUUAAUCCAAAGACAUCCAAAGCCCCCUCCACGGACCCACAUAAUCCAGCACAGUCUCCAGUUCAUCUAAGCCCUGGUGUGUCCAGGUCACAUAACACAAUAACACCCGAUUCCCCUGUCUGCGUGGGUCACCCAGUAACAAUUAUGAAGUUACCCCAGUCGCCGGGCCCAGUGACACCCAAGAGCCUCCGGCCGCCCUACUACGAGACCUUCUUCAAAACUCCCGGCAGCCUCGGAGAGCCUGUGGCUUGGAGAAAAAUCGAAGGGAGUCAGAGAAAUUUAAGCUCUGCCCAGAGGAGACUCCAGAUCCCCAGCGGCAGCACCGAUUAA